UUCCCCAAACCCUAACCCCCCUCCCCCUUCUUACUCUCUCUCUCUAAAAGUAAUCUUUUACUCUUUCUCCCUCUAUAUCUAUAUACAUACACAUACAGACCUAUACAUACACUCACAUUACACGGAGCUGAUUUAUUACAUCUCCGGCCUUAUUUCUCUCGCCACCACAGCAGCUGAUUCAAAGUAGCAGUACAAGCUCAACAUCUCCAUUCCCAUUAAUCUAUAAACAGUAGUCAAAGAUCAUAUCUGGAUUUUGUCCGUACGGAACCUAUAUAUAGAUCUACUCAAAAGCAUAUGUAUAUAUAACCGUCAUUAUAUCUCCGAAGAAUCAAAUCCUUUUAGAUAUAUUUGGCCUGUACGUAUCUAUUUUUAUCGCUCAGCUUCAGUUUCCGGCGAAAACGUAUAUUUCCGAUGACUUUAACGACGUCCGUUACAGUCACGUGUUUGGUGAUGCUAGCAGUUGUUGUGUACGUUACAGGUACAAGUGUUAAUUCAAAGAGUACAACCUACAACAGCUUGAUUAUUUCUGGUCUGCAUCGCAAGCUUCUUCAUAAACAUCAUGGAUCAGAAUCAGGAUCAGUAGCAGGAGGAGCAGGAGAUGCAGUGGUGGAACCAAACCGAAUAUGGGGAGACAAGUGUUCAACUUCAGACAUUGUCAUUAACCAGGGACCCACAGACCCCCUCCCAAGUGGCAUUCCUACCUACACCGUCGAAAUUAUGAACGUUUGCACCACCGGCUGCGACAUCUCUGGCAUCCACCUCAGCUGCGGUUGGUUCAGUUCCGCCAGGCUCAUCAACCCACGUCUUUUUAGACGUCUCCGUUACGACGACUGCCUCGUUAACAAUGGCAAACCUUUACUUAACGGCCACACCAUCUCCUUUCAGUACGCUAACACCUUCCGUUACCCUCUUUCUGUUUCCUCCGUUAUCUGCUAAUCAACCAAAACAUGUAUUGAAAAAGAAAAAUACCACUCAUACACGUCCUAAUCACACGCUUGGAGUUGGCUUUUUUGACUACUAUAUUUGCACAAAAGAAGUAACAUGUGAUGAAGUGUGUCACAAGCCAAUAUUACUGAGAAAGAGAAAGAGAGACUAUAUAUGUUUACCUUUUGUAAUGCUCUGGUCGCUACGUGAAAAUUGACGUUUAAACAUGAAAUGUUAUUUUCACACUUUCUAGGGAAUCAGAAAGAGGAGAGAGAGUGACAUGUACAUGAGAUAUGAUUUAGAGCUGAAAAUUUUGGUAGCUAUAAUUCAUAGCACUGGUAUAUAUCUAUAUAUAAGUUUGCAUGACUUUGACCAAUAUAUUGAGUAAUAUAAUUAAAAGUGUUUUUCAUCA